AUGUCAAGUGAAGUGACAAGAGCUGACAAAGAAUAUUCUAAAAAGACUCAUAUACAUACCAUUGCAAAUAUUACAAACUUACAAGAAACCUUAAACAGUAAAAGUGCCGUUGGACAUACACAUACCAUUGCAAAUAUUACAAACUUACAAGAAACCUUAAACAGGAAAAGUGCCGUUGGACAUACACAUACAUCUUCUGAAAUAACAGACUUAAACGUUAGCCUUGAAAAUAAAGCAGAUAAAACAUAUGUCAAUGAAAUAUACCAAAGUUUAGUUGGAACAAAAAAUAUUGAAACUAUGGUUGGUGACCUUUCUGUCAAUGAAGAAAACAAAUAUUUUAGAUGGCAGUUUGUACAGUCCUUAGAAAAUGGUACACGGUGUAAACUCAUUCCGAAAAAUAACAAUGAAAUGUAUGUAAGCUAUAAAAAGAAUGAUGGUACACAAGUUAAAGUUCCAUUAGACAACAACUGCUACUUAAACUUCUAUGGAGACGAACAAAAGAAAUAUUUAAGAGUUUAUGAAAUGACAGAUAUGACAUUGCCUGACCCAGCUCCAGCACCAUAUUAUUAUGACUAUGGAGAUGACGUCAGAACACCACAUGUAGAUGAACAAAAGCUAACAUUAUAUUUAGAUUUUUAUAGAUAUAAAAGAUAUAAUGCAAUAGAAAAAACGAGAAUAGUAUACUAUUAUGAAGAUGACAGAAAUAAAUAUUAUAGUCAAGACUUUACCUACCCUGAAAACAUAAGAUUAUAUUAUAAAAAAUAUUCUGACACAAACCAGAAGAAACCUGAAAUAGUUGCACUAUAUUUUAAGUUCAAAAGAGACAAUCCUAUAAUGUCUCAUAUGUUUGAUUUAAUGAACCCAGUAGGUUCUAUUUAUACAUCUAUGGAAGCAAGAGGUCCUCAAGUAAUGUUUGGUGUUGGUGCAUGGGAACAAAUAGUCGACAGGUUUUUGUAUUGUGCAAACUCUUCAAAGGAAACAGGUGGAAGUAAAACGAUUUCAGGUGAAAAUUUACCUGCACACAGUCACUACAUAGAUUUAAGUACAUCUCAAGCAGGUUGGCAUAGGCAUAGAUAUUGGGAUUGGUCAGGAAUGACAAAAGGUAAAGGAUAUGAUGUUAAAGACGACGUUAAGUUUGCUAUAAAUUGUUACUGGA